AUGGACCCUCCAAUCAAAUCAAAUCUACCCUCGGUCGAGAAUCAAUCCUCCUCCGAAUCACUAUUUACGAAUACCAUAAUCAAGCAACCUCACCCACUUUUUAUCUCCCAGUUAUACACCACUGGAAAAUACACAGAUCUUAUUAUCAAGUGUCAAGGCAAAGAAUUCAAAGUUCACCGAGCAAUUGUUUGUUCUCAAUCAAAGCCUAUUGCUGCGGCUAUAGAUCACGGAUUUAAGGAAGCUUCUGAUGGCGUUUUCAAUUUCGAGGAAGACGAACCAGAGAUUGUGGAGUACAUCAUCAGAUUCCUGUAUGAUGGCCUCUACUCUGUAUCCAAACAGCGGAAAUAUCCUGAUACUGCGACAUGGAGAGGAAACGCAACUUCUGUCAUGCCAGAUGGAACAUCUCGCACUAGAGAUUCAGCAUUGAGUUCGGACCCACCAGCUCUCCCGGCUGGGCAAAAGUUGUUUCUAAGCUCAAACGGCGCCUCCAUUUUCGGACCUCCACAAGUACCAAGAGACAGUGGACGCAACUUGUUCAGCUACGUACCCCAAACUGGUGAAAAAAAGUCGUUAUUCAGCCUUUAUCGCGACGUUUCUCCUAGGACUACACCUGCACCCGCAAAUGGAAGCCUGUUUCGCUCUGUUUCUCCACCUACUACUCAAGCAACUACCCCUAGGUCGACAUCAAGCUUAUUUGGUCCCACUGUUUCCGCCAAUACCCCUACAACUGCGACCGCAUCCUCAACGAAGAGCUUGUUUGUCCGACCCACAGAAAAUACCUCGAGCAAUACUAUCGAGGCAGCAAAGACACCAAUCGAAUUAUCAAAAGGCAAAUUCAAUUGGUCAGGUCGUGGUGGUCUCUUUGGUAGGAGCGCAACUUAUGGUCAAUCUUCCGAAAACAUCGAGCUUCAAGCAGAGGACUUGAUCAAGCAUGCAAAGGUCUAUAUCAUGGCAGAGAAAUAUGAUAUCCACGCAUUAAAGACACUUGCUCGUCAAAACUACUCUUCUGUCGCAGAUAACUACUGGAAUUCUUGUUGUUUUGUUCAAAGUAUUGAACUUAUUUUCGAUGGUACGCCUGAUAUCUCCGAAGGUGAUGAUCUUCGAAAGGCUGUUCUGGAAGUUGCUAGUAGGUAUAUGAAACUACUCCUAGUCAGGGGAGAUUUUGCUCAAAUGUGCCAGGAGAGAGGUGACAUCAGUUUCCCAAUUCUUCAGUGGUCUUCGUGGUCGAUGUAA